UCGUCGUCGGGAAUCGGCGCACAGAUUGCUGUCAAGUUGUCAUCCCUGGGCGCACACGUAGUCAUCACCGGAAGGGAUCAAAAUAAGAUGGAUUCUGUGGUCAAAAAGUGUGAAUCUCUGUCCAGAGGGCGAGCACUUGGAGUGGUGGCUGACAUCGAGGUUGAGAGUGAUGUCAAGAAUUUAGUGAAUACUACUCUCAGAGAAUUUGUCGGAAUUGAUAUUCUGGUCAAUAACGCGGGCCAUACACUCGUCUGUCAAUUCUCGUCCAACAGUUAUCUUAAAUGUUUUGAUCAGAUGUUUGAUCUCAACCUCAGGAGUGUUCAGGUGGUGACCCAUUUGGUGGUCCCAUAUCUGGAGCAAAGUAAAGGCAAUAUUAUUAACAUUUCAAGUAUAGGUGUAGAACUACCGAUGCCGAAAGCGAUGGCUUAUAAUAUGGCUAAGAAUGCGCUCAAUAUGUUCACCAAAUGUUUGGCACUCGAGUUGACACCCAAAGGGAUACGAGUCAAUAGUGUCAGUCCGGGUCUUAUCCGUACCCCACUCUCGGAGACAGCGUUGGGCGACAAGUGGUUAGCCUUUGAGAAGCGUUGCGCCGAUACUCACCCGUUGGCACGUAUUGGGGAACCGGUCGAAGUGGCCGAUGCCGUGGCAUUCCUCACCUCAUCCCUGUCCGCGUCCUUCAUUACCGGCGAUAUAUUUCCGGUCGAUGGCGGCGCUCAAAGGACACCCCUGUAGUAAUUCUGU